ACAAGGAAGAGCUCACAAGCAGCCGGGAUCGUGUCGGAUCACUUCUCACGCCUUGGAGAGGACAGAAAAAGGAACGUAACCCCUUUGCUGGGUUCCCAAACACGGUUAUGGACGCCCCAGAUUCACCGCAUGGGAAUAUGGGGCUGCUGAAGACCUUCGACUCCUCUGAGUUCGGCAGCUGGGAGAAGAUCGGCUCGGGCGGAUUUGGACAGGUUUACAAAGUACGUCACGUUCAGUGGAAGACCUGGCUGGCCAUCAAGUGUCCCCCGUGUCUUCAUGUGGACGACAAGGAACGCACCGAGCUCCUGGAGGAGGCCAAGAAGAUGGAGGCCGCCAAGUUUCGAUACAUCCUCCCCGUGUACGGGAUCUGCGAGGACCCCCAGGGUCUGGUGAUGGAGUACAUGGAGACCGGCUCGCUGGAGACCCUGCUGGCCACCGAGCCGCUGCCCUGGGAGCUUCGCUUUCGCAUCAUCCACGAGACGGCGGUGGGAAUGAACUUCCUGCACUGCAUGAACCCGCCGCUGCUCCACCUGGACCUGAAACCAGCCAACAUCCUGCUGGAUGCUCACUACCACGUCAAGAUAUCUGACUUCGGACUGGCCCGCUGGAACGGCCUGUCGGGCGACGGUGACGUCAGCAGGGACGGCUUCUGUGGCACCGUGGCCUACCUGCCUCCUGAGAGCAUUAGCGAGAAGGACCGGGUGUCGGACACUAAACACGACGUCUACAGUUUCUCAAUCGUGAUUUGGGGGAUUCUCACUCAAAAGAAGCCGUACCAAGGAGAGAACAACUUCCUGCAGAUCAUGCUGAAGGUGGUGACAGGUUUGCGUCCGGACCUCGGCUCGAUCCCACGCUCUCGACCGUCGGCCUGCACCGGCUUCCUCCACCUCAUGCAGCGGUGCUGGGCCACGAAUCCCAAUAACAGACCCAACUUCCAAGACAUCACGUCGGAGGUGGAGGAGCUCUGCUCCAAACCCCAGGACGAGCACAAGACGUCCACCUCCUCAGAUCCAGAGCCUCCAUCUUGUGAUGCGUUGACUCCAAAUCAGGUUCAGGACAACAAGUCGGUGCGUCCGAAGUCGGCGAUGCUGCCGGAGAAAGACUACAGUCUGUCGGAGCUGCUGAGCCACAUUGACUCGGGGAUCUCACAGAGCUUUGAUCGAGUGAAGGAAGCCGGUUGUCACAGCAAAGAAAACACCGGCAAGCGGCUCUCUGGUUUCUCCUCGGCCGAUUCAGCCUUCUCCUCACAAGACUCCAUAACGCUGUCGUUUGAGAAGGAGAACACAUAUGACUCCACUGAGAUCCACAAGAGGAAGCUGUGUGAGGCCAUCCGGACCAAAGACACGGCCAAGCUCAUGAAGAUCCUCCAACCUCAGGAUGUUGAACUUCUCCUCGACGGAGGAGGGAGCCUCCUCCACCAUGCUGUCUCCUUGGCAAACGAAGAGGCUGUUAAAUUCCUCCUCCUCAACAAUGCUAAUCCCAACCUAGCCAACGCACGCGGCUCCACUCCUCUUCACCUGGCCACAGAGAAGCACCAGAAGCCUUUGGUGGAGCUUCUGCUCGGCCGCAGGGGCACCAGCAUCAACGCCAAGGACGAGGACCAGUACACCGCUUUGCACUGGGCCGCCCAGAACGGAGACGAAGCCAUCGCGCGCCUACUGCUGGACCGCGGCGCUGCUAUCAACGAAACGGAAGCGCAAGGACGCACGCCGGCGCAUGUCGCCUGCCAGCACGGCCAGGAGAACGUGAUCAGAGUGCUGCUCAGCCGCGGGGCCGACGUUCGGAUUAAAGGCAAGGACAACUGGACGGCGCUUCACUUCGCCGCCUGGCAAGGGCAGCUGGGGAUCGUGAAGCUGCUGGUCAAGCAGGCGGGAGCCAAUGUGGACUGGCAGACCACAGACGGGCGCACGCCGUUACACCUGGCCUGCCAUAGAGGGCAGUACAGAGUUGCUCGGAUCCUGAUAGAGUUGGGGGCUGACGUCCACAGGACCUCUGCUGGACUCAACACGCCUCUACACGUGGCAGCGAAGACGGGCCACACCAGCACCUCCCGCCUCUUGAUCAAACACAAGGCAGAUAUCCAAGCCCUGAACACCGACGGACUCACCCCCCUCCACCUGGCGUCCCAGCACGGCCACUUGGCCACGGUCAAGAUGUUAAUGGAUGAAGGAGCGGACCCGUACAAGCCCACUCCUUCCCUCCGCACGCCGUGCCACGCCGCGGCAGAACACGGACACUGUGAGGUGCUGAAAGAGCUGCUUCUCCACUGCCCAGAUGGGGGCGCUCUGCUCGACGAACAAGGACUCCGCCCGCUGCACCUAGCAGUCCAGGGGGGAUACUCGAACAUCAUCUCCAUGCUCCUCCCACAAGAGUGCGAGGGAAGGGUGACUGAGGCGCCGGCGGCACCGGAGCCUAAACCUCUUCAGAGAAAAGUUGUCAUCUUUAAAUUAACGGAACACGAUGACAGUCUCCUGCCCGCCAGCUCACCAUGUGCGUCGGCGUCAUGCUAACAAGACCGCUCCAAAUGUACAGAACUAUUUUUCGUAUUAAACCUGUGUUGCGGCCUUCGAGUCCAACGUCAACCGGUUGGUAUUUUAAACGCUUCAAUUGUACAUAUGUAAAUAGUUUUUUGUUUUUUUUAAGUGCCCUCAUUUUUGACAUUCUUACUCUUUUAUACCGAGCUAGCUACUUUUUUUAUAUCGAGAAAACAAGUCCAAGGUCCUUUUGAAAUGUCUUGCACUCUGUAACAAACACACUCUGGUCACAAGACUCUUGAUAAGAAGCCCUCGUAAAUAUUUGGAUGACUUUGAUCCUCAGUGUUCUGUACCAGUCUCAUGUCAGUGCUGCUUCAGAGUCCAAUUAAAACAUGUUUGAACAUGG